UAUAUAUAUAUGUAUGUAUAUAUGUAUAUAUAUAUAUGUCACACACACCAGCUCGCUAGAGUCUACUUACUGUAUUUAAAAGACAACAGCAGCUAUUUGACAAUUUAGUUUCUUGAAUCUCUAAUUCUAAAUCAGAGUUUCUCCAACUUUUCUGGCUUGUGACCAAAUAUUAUAUCCUAAAAUGUACACGCCAUGAUCCCAGCAGUCAGCAGAACAACAUUUCAUGUGAUCAUAAUAAAUAGCGAGAGCACAAACGAACAUGAAGUGGAAUCAACUCCUCUCUGACACAGCGUUAAUGAACUCUAAGAUGUUGUAAUGGACUUUAAUAGAUUAUACCGAUGAAGCUAAUACUGUUAUCUCAGCGUAACUGGUGAGAAAAAGGUUGCAAAUAGUUAGCUUAGCAUUCUGCUAACUGUGCAUCACUGAAAUGCUUCCCUGAUAUUGUAAGACACUCUUUAUGAUAAAGGUCCAUCUUCGUUAUUUUCGGUUGCCUUGCAGUGUAGGCAGCUGCUGUGAAUGCUGGAAGAGCACAUUUUUGUUUUUCCUGCAGGAUAGUUACAGGCAUCCAAAGGAUUACACGCCCUCAGUUUCUCUUUACUAUCCACGCUCGGUUUCUCUCUCAGGCGUGAAAUUGUCUGGACGUUGAGUCAGCGAGUAGGGGUCAGCCAAUCUGUUCCCGUUGGUUAAUGUUCAUUUUCACAAGUAGCACAGAGACGUAUUCAGAGAAACUUAUAUUUAUUCAGCUAUUGUUAAGAAACGUGCUCGCCAGCGUUAGCUAACGUGUACAGAGAGUUAUUCCGCUCCACAACAAUGCGUCAUCAUGUGUUAACGAGCACAAAAGAGGUUCAAUACCUGCAGAACAAAGGACACUCCCAUCAGCUGUGCUUGCUACUUGUUAGCAUGCAUGCUAAUAGUAACAUAGUAAACAUCAGUAUGUUAUUAGCAGUGUCACUGUGAUCAUAGUGGCAUGCUGGUGUUAGCAUUUAGCUCAAAACAGACUUUUAAUGUGUUUAUAUCCUGAAGACACACACACACACACACACACACACACACACAAUGGAAGUAUAGAGACAUUUAUCUCCGUCAAACACAUUUGUCCUGUUAAUCUCAUGCAGUUAAAUGAGCAGCAGCUCACGGCUGUUGGGUUAGCCUCAGUCAGGCUGCAGUGUAAUUCGGUGUAAUGAUAAACUACGGCUGAACAAGCCAUUAGCAUAACAUUCUGCCCAAUUCAUCCCAAUUAAUGAAACUAAAGGAUGCGGUCAAGGGUUAAACUCUGGAGAGCUGCCAGUGGCCCCGCGAUGCUGCCGUGUUCAUCACACCACACAAUAGGGAACAAUUGUCCUCAUGGUGGCGCUAGAGGGAAGGUGAGGACACGUUUUAAUUCAUGUGUUCAUUUAUCGCUUCACAGACUUAAAUCUCAGCUCCUCGUGGGGGUUUUGGGCUGACUGACAUUUUUGUUUCGUGUUAAGGACACUCAAUAAGUCACUAUUUUUGGUAAUACACAGGAUUAUGUUGUAAUAAUUAAAUAUUUAAUCAAAAUGAAUAAAUACACAAGAUAAUUAGUUAAUACAAUUCAUAAUUCUGUCAUAUUUGUCAUUGUUGUCAUACAUCAUCACAGAGUUCAGUGUGAGUGACAUCAGUUCGUUGUGACUGUGUCAUGUGUGUGUCUCUCAUCCUGAAAACAAAUCUCCAUCCUGAACUUUGUGACAUUAACUCCUCAUGUAUUUUGCAUUGGAGCAGUCGUGUAGUUAAAGUCCUUUGGGGGGGUUUUUUGGGAGCACGUUACAGCCUGCAGGCUGCACAGCAAACAUUAUCUUCUCCUCUGCAGGGAUUCAACUCAAGCCUUUGUUUAAAAAAUGAACGAGAAAGUGUGAAAUAUUUACGAAGUCAUUUCUAAAAGUGGAAGUCUUAGAGUGGAAACUGGGGAAAAACACUGAUACACAGGAAACAGUUUAGUUCAUAACAUUCAUAACAGCUGCUCGACACAUACAGCAUAUAUAUCAGCUUCAGUUAUAUUAUUAAAAUAGUUUACAUCCAAUUCAUUUGGCAGUAACUGUCAUUGACAGUAGCUUUGGACAAAACGGCAGUGAAACGGGUAAAGAGAGCCGCACACUCGUCCUCAUAAUUCUGUGAAAUGUGAAAAUAACGGUAACGUUUGAAUUUAAUUCAAGGAAUAAGUCAACAAGAUUAUGAACAACAAUGACAAUUUUGCUGAUGUCUACUGUGUACCAAAAACACUCUUAAGUUCAAUAUCAGCGCUAGCACACUGUUUUAAAGAGGUCAACAAAAGCACGCACACACACACACACACUGAGAUAAACCUUCCUGUGUCGCUGUAAACUAGUGUGUGUGUGAGUUGCUGCUGGUGGGCUGUGAUUGGCCGUUAGUUGUUUGUUCUGUUGUUGUCUGAACUGAAUAUUAAUAACAAAAUGCAGUAAAUAUUGUAAACUUCAGUCAGUACAACUCGUGGUUGACACAUGAUCAGCUACAUCACAGGUGGAUGGGUGGAUGAAUAAAAAGAUAAAUACAUGAUGAUAUUUAUCUGUGUUAGGGCUGCAUGAUUAUGGCUUAAAUGACAAUUAUGAUUUGCUUUAUAUUAAGGACACGAUUAUUAAUCCCAAUUAUUCAUUAGUCUAAGUCUAAAUCAUUAUUAAUUAAUUAGACAAUCGACAUGUAGAGCUGCGAAAAUUUGUCUGUCACCAGUUAAUUAAUUGGCAACAAUUUUACAAUAAUCGAGCAAUAUUUCAAUUUAUUUAAAGCAGAAAUUCACUGGUUUUCUUACUGUUCUGUGACACUAAACUGCUCGUGUUUAUUGGACAUAACAAGACAUUGUAAAAUGUCACCGAGGACUCUGGGAAGCUGUGAUCUUGUAUUUAAAUACAUUUCUACGGACCGAAUGAUUAAUUGAGAAAAUAAUCGUCAGACUAACGGAUAAUAAAGAUAAUUGUUAGCAGCCAUAAUCGCCUGUGCAGCCCUACCAUGUGUAUAAAACAUGGUUAUGAAACGUGUCUGUCAUGGAACGCUCUGAACUGGGACACAUUGUAACCUGUAACUGGUUUCCGCGGUCAGACACAAACUUCGUGCUGGGGAACGCUCAGAUCGUGGACUGGCCGAUCGUCUACAGCAACGACGGCUUCUGCAAACUGUCGGGUUACCAUCGAGCCGAGGUGAUGCAGAAGAGCAGCACCUGCAGCUUCAUGUACGGAGAGCUGACGGAUAAAGACAUGACUGAGAAGGUUCGGCAGACCUUUGAGAACUACGAGAUGAACUCUUUUGAGAUUCUGAUGUACAAGAAAAACCGGAUGCCAGUUUGGUUUUUCGUGAAGAUCGCUCCAAUCAGGAACGAGCAGGACAAAGUGGUCCUGUUUCUCUGCACCUUCAGUGACAUCACCGCCUUCAAGCAGCCAAUCGAGGACGACUCUGUAAAAGGUUGGGGUAAAUUUGCCCGUCUGACUCGAGCGUUAACCAGCAGUCGAGGAGUUCUUCAGCAGCUCGCUCCAGCCGUCCAAAAAGGAGAGAACGUCCACAAACACUCACGGCUGGCAGAGGUUCUCCAGCUGGGUUCAGACAUCUUGCCUCAGUACAAACAGGAAACCCCGAAGACGCCACCGCACAUCAUCCUGCACUACUGCCUCUUCAAGACCACGUGGGACUGGGUCAUCCUCAUCCUCACCUUCUACACCGCCAUCAUGGUGCCCUACAACGUCUCCUUCAAGACCAAGCAGAACAACGUCACGUGGCUGGUGGUGGACAGCAUCGUGGACGUCAUCUUCCUCGUCGACAUCGUCCUCAACUUCCACACCACCUUCGUCGGCCCGGCCGGGGAGGUGAUCUCCGACCCGAAACUCAUCCGCAUGAACUACGUCAAGACCUGGUUUGUCAUCGACCUGCUGUCCUGCCUGCCUUAUGAUGUCAUCAACGCCUUCGAAAACGUCGACGAGGGGAUCAGCAGUCUCUUCAGCUCCCUUAAAGUGGUCCGUCUGCUGCGCUUGGGUCGCGUCGCCAGGAAGCUGGACCACUACAUCGAGUACGGUGCCGCCGUACUGGUGUUACUGGUGUGUGUGUUCGGCCUGGCGGCCCAUUGGCUGGCCUGCAUCUGGUUCAGCAUCGGAGACUACGAGGUGAUCGACGAGGACACCAACAGCGUGAGGACGGACAGCUGGCUGUUCCUGCUGGGAGAGACGGUGGGGACGCCGUACAGGUUCAACACCUCGGGAUUGGGCCGCUGGGAGGGGGGGCCCAGCAAGGACUCGGUCUACAUCACCUCGCUGUACUUCACCAUGACCAGCCUGACCAGCAUCGGCUUCGGCAACAUCGCGCCCAACACGGACGGAGAGAAGAUCUUCGCUGUGGCCAUGAUGAUGAUCGGAUCGCUGCUGUACGCAACCAUCUUCGGUAACGUCACCACAAUCUUCCAGCAGAUGUACGCCAACACCAACCGCUACCACGAGAUGCUCAACAGCGUGAGAGACUUCCUCAAACUCUACCAGGUCCCCAAAGGCCUCAGCGAGAGGGUGAUGGACUACAUCGUGUCCACCUGGUCCAUGUCCAGAGGCAUCGACACUGACAAGGUGCUGCAGAUUUGUCCGAAGGACAUGCGAGCGGAUAUCUGCGUCCACCUCAACAGGAAGGUGUUCAAGGAACACCCGGCGUUCCGGCUGGCCAGUGACGGCUGCUUGCGAGCCCUCGCCAUGGAGUUCCAGACCGUCCACAGUGCGCCGGGCGACCUCAUCUUCCACGCCGGAGAGAGCGUGGAUAGCCUCUGCUUCGUGGUGUCGGGGUCACUGGAGGUCAUCCAGGACGAAGAGGUGGUGGCCAUUUUAGGUAAAGGUGACGUGUUCGGCGACGUGUUCUGGAAGGAGAUGACGCUGGCGCAGUCCUGCGCCAACGUGCGAGCGUUGACGUACUGCGACCUCCACAUCAUCAAACGAGACGCGCUGCAGAAAGUCCUGGAGUUUUACUCCGCCUUCGCAAACCACUUCGCCAGGAACCUGGUGCUCACCUACAACCUGAGGAAGAGGAUCGUCUUCCGGAAGAUCAGUGAUGUGAAACGUGAGGAAGAGGAGAUGUUGAAGCGGAAGAAUGAGGCUCCUCUGAACCUUCCUCCGGAUCAUCCGGUCCGACGACUCUUCCAGCGUUUCCGGCAGCAGAGGGAGGCCCGGCUCGCCACUGAGCAGGUCAUACAAAGCGCCGGUGAUGUGGAGAAAGGUGUCGUUCCCCUGGAGCCGCCCAGAGGUCCAAAGAUCCUGGCCUCCACCAGUAUAGUUAUGGUGACGGAGAGCCCAGCCACACCCACCACCUCCACCACCACAACCUCUUCAUCCAAGACCUCCAGCCGAGUCAUGCUCCACGCUCCGGCCACCCAAAAUGGAAACCUGAUCGACUGCAAAUCCGCAGAGCCGGCCAAAGCUAAAGGCUGGGGACGAUUCAAGGAGUCGGUCAUGAAGGCCGAGUCGUGGAGCAGCGUCUCCAAGGCCGAGUCCAUGGAGACGCUGCCCGAUAGAACUAAGUCUCAGGAUGAGAUGUCCCUCAAGAAAACAGACUCCUGUGACAGUGGCAUCACAAAGAGCGACCUCCGCUUGGACAACGUCGACGACACCAGAACGCCGCUGGAGCAGAGCCCGAUCCAGUCGGACAAGAAGACGGUCUUCUGUCCGAUAACGGAGCAGAGCAUGCAGGCCUCUUUCCUGCAGAUGAAGCAGGAAUUGAAAGGAGACAUCCGAUCGUUGGACGGUCGCAUGGCAGCACUGGAGUCUCAGUUGGCUGAGAUGCUGCGACUUCUCAAAUCCAGGAAGUCGUCGGGCUCCUUCUUUGAGAUCUCGCGGCCUCCUUCCCCCAAUUCCGAUAAAGACAGCUUCUCCUAAACUGGACCUCAGGGUCCUCGGGAAUGAAACUGGAGCCUGUUGAGCCUCCAGAUGCCAGAUGAGCUGCUGACUGCAGAGUGAAGCUUUGGUUGACGACGAUAUUACGCAAAAGCACUUUGUAACGUCGGUAGCAUCGCUCUGCAAGACGUUACAGACUGAAAUGAUGCAGCACUGAAAUGAUGAUAAGGCUGAUUUUUACUUUGAUCACAGACUGUAGAAAGAGUCAUGACAGUCAUGAUGGCACCUUUGGUCCUCAAGAGGGUUUAGACCUUCAUAUAAUUUUGGCAAUAAUAAGACAUGGCUUUAACGUUGUUGUUUUGAACACUGUGAUGAAGGAACUCGCUUCCAAAGGUUCGUUUGGUGACUUUCACCCAUCUCAUGAGGUGUGGUCCACAAAGUCUGUUUCGCUGUUCAGAACCAUGAGAUACUGAAGGGUCCGCUCUCAUUGGCUGUCUGCACAUUUCAAGCAAAAGAAGGUUAACACACUUCAAAAAGAGAGGCUGUGAUUGAUCUCUGUGAUCGAAGUGAACAGAUUUAUUCCGAAUCUUGAAAAAAAUAUUACGGCGUCCAUGAUGUUACUACUUCAUGUAUUUUUUGGGUUGUUUUUUUUACUGAUGGAGCUGUUUGAGAAUGAACCGCUGCAUGAUGUCAUAUCAAAGCAAUGCGAUUGGUUGUUAAGAGCGCCAAUCAAAAUUCCGUGUAAGUGAGAAGCUGCUGAAGUCGUUAAAGGUUCAGUGUGGAUCAGACGUUCAGCUGGUGUUCAAUGGUUUGGUUUGGUGAUUCGGUUCGGUGGGAUUUCUUAAAGAGAAGACUGUCCCCCACCUCAUGCAGACUAUAAACACUGUACAGAUUUCAGCAAGAAGUCUUUGAUGUUUUGGGACCGGUAGCGUUUUUUUAAUCCAGAAUGAAUGUGAAAGAUUUGAUGCAUCACGGUGACAAUGAGGCUCUAAAUGUGUUUUAAUUCCCGCACAGAGCCGGACAUUAGUCUGGAUGUUUGGGUUUUUUUUUUUUUUAUUUAAAAAUAAAUCAGUGUACCUAUGCAUGUUUCCAUGUUGAUCAGCUCUGAAUGGAGCUCACAGGUUUAACACAUCCAAAGUCAAACGGGACAGUAAUCUGAUUUAUUCAGUGUUAAAGAUGACACAUCUGUGAUGGUAAUAAUUCUGAUAUAUGUGGCUGCUUGACUGCAUCUGAAUUCAAGUGGAAUAUGUUUUAACUCAUUGUACGUCUACGCUUUCAUUUAAUCAGACAUCAUGCAGACCGGUCAGUAAACGUCUCGGGUGAAGAGAAGCACUCUCGAGGAACCACUACGACGUGCGAAGCUGAGCAGACACUGUGUGUUUUUAUUGAUCUUGUACAUUAUGUUAACUCGUUUUUAUGGCACUUUUAUACUCGCACUGUACGGCUCAAUCGCCCGGCUCACACUGAACGCAAACAUUCAGUGACGGAGCUAACUCAGCUUCCCUCCUCAGUCUCAGUGACCCUCAUCUGAACACUUGUGUCACUUUCCAGCCCUGAAAGCUGCAGCCUGUCCUCUGUUUGUUUUUUAACAUUUCAUUUAAAGAGCUGUAUUUAACAUUCUGAAGAUUUAAAGAGCGGCAAACAGCAAUUUGCUUUGUAAAGAUACAGUGGAGUAAUAUCUACCUGAGCAGAGGCUGAAGUCACUCUCCCUCUGUGUUUGUUGUUAUCCGAGCUUCUCCUUGCUUUGUUGACACAUGGCUGCACGUGCUUUUUGUGCAUGUGAGCGCUCCCCAUUGUUUAGCUCACGGCCGGCGCUCUGCACCGCUCUGAUACGGAGGUUACAGCUGAUAACGCCGUUGUGGAAGCGUAGCACCCACCCUCCGGUUACCUCUGAAUGAAACACUGUUUGCUCUGUCGCCAUGUUGAGGGCCGUUUAGAGGCAACCGACAGGCUCCCGAUCUCGUGUCUUGCACCUUUAAAGCUACACCCUCUGAUUUUUACCCAAUAACACCCCAAAUGUUAAAAGUGGUGACUUCAGUUUGACGUCGAAUUGAAGCUGCGUUAAAUUAUAUUUGACCACUACGGGGCAGAAAGACAAUUAGGUUGCGUCCAAAAUUCCAAUGCUAACAUGCUAUUUAGUACGCUAAAACAGUCAACAUGUCCGAAACCUUAGCAUGAAAACAAUAUUGCACAAAUUGCAAACUAUUUCGAGGAAAGCAUUUCAGUGUACAAAUACUGGACACUAUGGCGGCAAUAAUAUCCCACAAUGCAAUGCUGUAAUGACAUCAACAGACAAUGGCAGACAGCGCUGUAAAGUCUACUUGGUUUGAAGGGUGUAGAAAGAAAUUCUGUCGGGUCAUUGGCACCAGACUUGUAGGUUAGAUGUUAGGCUCAGCGACAACUUGUUGCAAACAAUCCAGGUUGGCGUGUUUCUACCCCUGGACGGACUCCACACAACAGCGACGGCAGCGAUCAUCUGUUACCGUUUGUUCACUCUGGUUGUCAAAUGUACCGACAACCACGCGUUUGUUGCCGAGCAAACUGUAACGGAGCGGACGUGAUGUCCUGUUUGGUUGGAGGUCACGACAGCCAAUAGACUCCGUCCGUUUUCUCUUCAUGCCUCGCCAGUUCUUCAUGUCUUCAUCUGUGCCUCCAUCAAAGUUCCAGCAAAGGAAACCGUAAUAACUUUUUAUAUGCAGCCUUUUCUUUGUGAAAAACUCUCUGUCGCCGUACUCUGGUCAGCUGUCCGGGUUUACAUCCAACGAGCCUCGUCAGUCAUCAUGAUGACGUGUAAUCUGAAGGCUCGGGCACAUCGCAGUCUUUAACAAUAAGAUUUCUGCGUUUGUGUGACUUCGUCCUUUGUGGUUGAUAGCUUCACCAUGCACACCUGCUGGUUACGCCCAUAUGAUGCCAGAGUCUGUAUGAACCUUUCUGUAGUUGUCUCUGUGGUCUCUCGCAGGUUUGUGAGGAAACGUGAAAAGCUGGAGUUUGGGUUUACUGCUCGUCCCCCGUCUUUGUCACCAACUGGAGACUAAAAGUCCAGAUUAUGAUUCAAAAAGAGUCGAGCUGAGACGAGAUGAGCCGCAACCAUCGUGGCCGAGUGUGAUAGGCUGAGACACCUGUCAAUCAAGGUAAAAACACCCCACAAACAUACCGAAAUCUGAAUAUUUCCUGAAUUGCACACUCAUUCUGACAACAGAUGAAUAGAUUAUCUCCUGAAAGAUGAAGUUGUGUAAAAAGACAUAUUUGCUGAGAGAAAUUGAGGUUUUGCACUUCACUAGAAUCAGUGUUUUCUUUAAGCUACAUCUAGUGGAUGUUAGUUGAACUGCGGCUUAGAUUUCGUCAUCGUACUACAAUGUGUCUGCGUGCGUCUGAAUGGACAAAUUUAUGAUCUCGUGAAUACGUCUCCCCAAACUAACAAAAGUAGCAUAAACGAUGACUAACGUGGUUAUUUGGAGUUUAACGGAUUCUCUAAGCUUCACCUUCAACACUGAGCUUUGGUUUUUACUGACUGAACAAUUCCUGACAUUAAAUUCAGAUUUUAGACCAAUCAGUUUGAAAAUAUGAAAUGUAUCUUGCUCUUUAAGUAUAAAGUUCUGCAGCUUUAAGUUGAGUAUCAUCUGCAAACAGAGUAAUAAACUAAAAGUAACCGUAUCUACACUCUGAGGCUUUAUUCCUACAAAGAGGAAAUGUCAUCAUUCAUCAUUAUGUCAUCACCUGAGAAGUUGUACUUUUGUCUUGACAUUGGUAUCUCAUCUGUCCUGUGUAGGUGUGAUUAUAAUAUAGUGUCCUAAUAUGCAAUUAUUGCUAUUUGUACUGAGAGACUAGUAGUUGUUUGUGGUACUGUGUGUAUCUCACGCCGUCCCAUGAGCACCGCCGGUAUCGGCACUGAUGCACUUUGGCCGUCUCUGCAUGACGCUGCUGUCUGAAACUUUUCUUUUUUUUUUUAUGAAAGAAAGAGCUGACUUUGCCUUUGCUAUUUAAAUUUCUUGGAGUAAGGAGGUUUCGUUCUCUUUAAACUUUAAUACCUUUCGCUGUGGGCCACAUGUAUGUAAUCACAAGUCUGUGCAUGAAGAGCGCCUCAAUGUUAAAAUGGUACAACGUCUUUAUCAAUGUCACAUGUGCACCGUUCUGGAAACUCGCAGCUUGGAGGAAACGCUUGAGGGGAAACUUACAGUAACCACAGAUACAGUAUAUAGUCUCAUUUCUGUUCUUCACUUAGUGACAGGAAUGAAAACUGUACUAGCACAAAGAGUAUUUCUAAGAAAAUUACAUCAAAUGUCAACAAUAAAUUAUUUCAUACUUUGUACUUUGUUCUCUUUGUUCCGUUUCAUUUAACGUCUGUUAUAAAAGAAGUAAGUUUAAUUAAUUAUUAUGUUUUAUUAGAGGGCCAUGUGUUUUGUUUAUAGGAAAGUUGCACUUAAGUACUGGAUACAAGUUGAGAUUUGUAGAGGUGAGUUGCUCACUUGGAGCUAUUGAGUCAGUUGAGUAAUCUGUUGCUACGGUUAGCUGCAGGUUAACAUACCGUGAGCUCUGAUUUGGUUCAACUACUUUUAAACGUCUACCUGCCAGCCAAUCAGAAACCAGCAUCAUUCAGUGAGUACAGAUUAUUCUGAAUAUAAAUCUACAAUACAAUCAUGAUUUUUCUUCAUCAGAACUCCUCGUUCACUCACAUCAACGAGAAUAUUCAGAUGAUAUUAGUGCUAUUGUUUUAUUACUAUUAUUGUAGUCCUCACAUAACUGCGCAUUCUUCUGGUCACAACUACACAUAAUAACGUUCAUACAUGCUCACACAGCAAUUUGAAAUAUCUAGUACUGCCACAAAUACAAUCAACUAAAAAUAAGCACAAAAUUGAAAUCAUAACCCCAGUGUGUUACAUCCGAUUGUUUUGUGUUCUUGUCUGUAUAUUUAGUUGCACCCGUCUGUCUGAUUUAUUACCUUUCUGUGUCCAACUACACUGAUACUGACAAAUAAAUGAAUACAGUGGUGAAAAAAAAUCAUAUUGAGA